AUGGACCGCAACUGCUACCGCUCCCCCGACAACGCUGGACCCAAUAUCUCGACCAAGCUCUGCUUCAACAUCAUCGUCCUUGCCCCAGCUACCGAGCAUCUCUUCGCUCGCGUCGGGGACCUCGGCGAUGGGGUCCCCUCAGAUGAGACCUUCGAACUUACCACCACCGGCGUAUAUCGCGUCGUCGCCUGCAGCAACUGCGGGCGGAGACGUACAAAGCACCGCAGCAGCAGCGACUGCCCAGGCAGCACGACGAUCAUCUCAGAAACCGACCAACGGGUCCGGGUCGCCGAUCUCGCGCAACGUCUCCAUACCCGUGUAGGCGAACUCGAGCUCAUCAACAAGCUUUACAGCGACCGAGUCCAACAGCUGGAAAUCUCGGACAGCACCGCAAAGCAAGAGCAAGAGCUUGUUCGACAAGAGCUCGCACAGCUUCGUGCUGACCUAGAAGCCAAGAUGGUGGCGGAGGCGCAACUCCGAGAGCAACUUGAUGACAGCCAUAGACGGGAAAACAGUUUAAAGCGUCGUCUAGAUGAAUUAGAGGUUGAGCUCGACGAGAAGACGGCAUCUAUUGCUGCUGUUACAGCUGCUGCUGCCGCCGCUGCGGUUGCUGCGGUUGCUGGCCCAGCGGAAUCCGCCGCGCCCACAACGGAACCCCUACCAGAGACCCAGCCCGUGUCUGCCGAUGAAGGUGAAGGUCGGGGCAGUCCCCCACGAAAAAGUCAGGCUGUCGGACGAACCCCCGGAAGCGGCCGAGACUUGAAGCUCACCAACACCGGGGUCCUCAACGAGAGUUUAAAUAGGCCUCUGGGCCAUGGUUUCAAACCGAAACCGGAAUUCGGGAAGUAA